GCUGUGUGAAGCGAAAGGGUAGCGAGCGGAGCUCGGGCACCGGCGAGGGCGGGAAGACGGCGCCCGGGCCCGGCCUUGGCGGCUCGGCGGCCUCCCCCGAAGCUCCCGCUUGCCUCAGUGCUCGGGUUUUCCCCCGUCCGGGAUUUUCGACCGGUGAGGCCUGGUCCCAGCGCUUCAUCCCCGGUCUUGCGUGAUCUGUCAAGCCGGGCACCCCUCACCGAGACCCGGCGUGACGACGACCCCCAUGUGCCGCCGGUGCUGGUGCUUCCCGGCCACCUCUUGAGCCCCAUUUCCCCCAUGCUGGUGACCUGGCCGCCCCCCUCGCCGUGAGGAGGAGGAAGAGGAACCCCCGACCCCCUUCCAGCUGGGUCAGGGAAUAGGAAGGAGAAGGAACCGAGCACCUGGGGGGACUCCCCCUCAGGCCCUGCCAACGGGAGCCAUGUCGAACAGCGGCCGGAGCCCCCUGCCCACCGUCAAUGAGAGAGACACGGAGCAGCCGGCCUUAGGACAUCCGGAGUCCAAGCCAAGCACAAAGUCCAACAUGCUGCGAGGCCGCACCACGGCCACCUCCGCAGACGAGCAACCGCACAUUGGGAACUACCGCUUGUUGAAAACCAUUGGCAAGGGUAACUUCGCCAAGGUCAAGUUGGCACGGCAUGUCCUGACGGGGAAAGAGGUGGCUGUGAAAAUCAUUGACAAGACGCAGCUGAACUCAUCCAGCUUACAGAAGCUCUUCCGGGAAGUGCGAAUAAUGAAGGUUUUGAAUCAUCCCAAUAUAGUUAAAUUAUUUGAAGUUAUAGAGACAGAGAAGACACUGUACCUCGUUAUGGAGUAUGCCAGUGGCGGCGAGGUUUUUGACUACUUAGUAGCCCACGGAAGGAUGAAAGAGAAGGAAGCACGGGCAAAGUUCCGACAGAUAGUGUCUGCUGUGCAGUACUGUCACCAAAAAUUUAUUGUACAUAGAGACUUGAAGGCAGAGAAUCUGCUCUUAGAUGCCGACAUGAACAUUAAAAUUGCAGACUUCGGUUUCAGCAAUGAGUUCACGUUCGGCAACAAGCUUGACACGUUCUGCGGGAGCCCCCCGUACGCCGCGCCCGAGCUCUUCCAGGGCAAGAAGUACGAUGGGCCCGAGGUGGACGUCUGGAGCCUGGGGGUCAUUCUCUACACACUGGUUAGCGGCUCGCUGCCCUUCGAUGGGCAGAACCUCAAGGAGCUGCGAGAACGGGUCUUGAGGGGGAAGUACCGGAUCCCCUUCUACAUGUCCACAGACUGCGAGAACCUGCUGAAAAAAUUCCUCAUCCUUAACCCUAGCAAAAGAGGCACUUUAGAGCAAAUCAUGAAAGACCGCUGGAUGAAUGUGGGGCACGAGGACGACGAACUGAAGCCUUACGUGGAGCCUCUGCCCGACUACAAGGACCCCAGGCGGACAGAGCUCAUGAUAUCCAUGGGAUACACACGGGAGGAAAUCCAGGACUCGCUAGUCAGCCAGAAGUAUAACGAAGUCAUGGCUACCUAUCUGCUGCUAGGAUACAAAAACUCAGAGCUCGACAACGACAGCAUUACCCUGAAGCCACGACCCCAACCCGACCUCACCAACAGCACCGCCCCCUCCCCGUCACACAAGGUACAGCGCAGCGUAUCGGCCAACCCCAAGCAGCGCCGCUUCAGCGACCAGGUACCAACCAUCCCGACGUCCACCUCGUACUCCAAGAAAACGCAGGCAGCCAAUGCGGAGAACAAGCGGCCCGAAGAGGAGCGGGACCGCAAGGCCAGCAGUACCGUCAAAGUGCCGGCCAGCCCGUUGCCCGGCCUUGAGAGGAAGAAGAGCACCCCCACCCCCUCCACAAACAGUGUCCUCUCGACCAGCACGAACCGGAGCCGCAAUUCACCUAUGCUGGAGCACACCAGCUUGGGCCAAAACUCCAUCCAGAACGGCAAAGAUAGCCUAACCACUCCAGGCUCCAGGGCUUCCACUGCUUCAGCUUCAGCCGCCGUGAGCUCCGCGCGCCCGCGCCAGCACCAGAAAUCCAUGUCUGCCUCGGUGCACCCUUCCAAGCCCACGCUGCCCCCCUCCGACAGUAACUGUGAGGCGCAGCGACCCAGCACUGCACCUCAGAGGGUCCCUGUUGCCUCCCCCUCAGCCCACAACAUCAGCAGUGCCCUCCCAGAGCGCACCAACUUCCCCCGGGGAGUCUCCAGCCGCAGCACCUUCCACGCCGGGCAGCUCCGGCAGGUCCGGGACCAGCAGAACCUCCCCUACGGCCUCACGCCCGCCUCGCCCUCCGGGAACAGCCAAGGCAGGAGGGGCGCCUCGGGAAGCCUCUUUAGCAAGUUCACUUCCAAGUUCGUGCGCAGAAAUCUGUCUUUCAGGUUUGCCAGAAGGAACCUGCAUGAGCCCGAAAGCAAAGACCGUGUGGAGACGCUCAGGCCCCAUAUGGUAGGCGGCAGCGGGGACAAAGAACGUGAUGAGAACCGAGAGGCCAAGCCACGCUCGCUGCGGUUCACCUGGAGCAUGAAGACGACGAGCUCCAUGGAGCCCAACGAGAUGAUGAAGGAGAUACGGAAAGUGCUGGACGCUAACAACUGCCAGUGCGAGUUGCAAGAGAAGUACAUGCUUCUGUGCAUGCACGGAGCACCGGGCCACGAGGCCUUUGUGCAGUGGGAGAUGGAGGUGUGCAAACUCCCACGCCUGUCGCUCAACGGCGUCCGCUUCAAGCGGAUAUCCGGCACCUCCAUGGCCUUCAAGAACAUUGCCUCAAAAAUCGCCAAUGAACUGAAGCUUUAACAAGCCCCCAGGGGGGGCCCGGCCUGCACGCGCAUGGGGUGGGGUUAGGAGUAAAGCUGCAAUUUAACUCUGGAAGGGUUUAUUUUUUGAUACCCUGGUGCAGGACGGGGGAGGUUGGGAAAGGAAAAGGGGGGUGGCAGCAGUGGUGUUUGGGGACAUCCCCUCUCUGCCCUCUCCUGGCUGUUGAAUCUCCAUGGAGACACAGUGCGUGGGGUGGUGGCUGGCAGCCACCAGGCCGGUCUCCGUGGCAACAGUAGUGGGAGUGUACCAAGGGCUGUUGGUCUCUAUAGCGACGGUGUUGGGGGGCAUCCCUUUUGGUCUCCGUGGUGACCAUGGUACUUUUCCUUUUUUUGUUGCACAUUAGGCAGGGUUUUAAAUUACCAAACACAGCAAAAAAAUUUGACUCCCCUCCCAAGCAAGAGCUCUCUCCCCCAUGCUUUUCAUCUCCCACAGUGCCUCUCAUGAGCGUGCCCUCCUUUUCCUUCUGAAGUCUGUAUUCUGGUGAUGGUUUCGGGUCCUGGUCUACAAAUGCCGGGCGAGGUGGGGCAGGGGGGAACAAUGAGGAGGCUGAGCUUUCCCGUGGGCAUUACUUAAAGAUGCCUCCCCUUCUGGGCUUCCCUAGUCAGGCUAGUGAAGGAGGGUGGUAGGUUUAGGGGGGCUUGGGAUCUCCUCCCUGCUUUUGGACCCUGCUCUGCUCCAUUCUUCCAUUUGGACGUGGAAGGGGAAGGGGAAAGUCCACCAACCGGUUCUUCUCGCCACUUCUUCCGCUAGGUCAUCUCCCUCCCCCCCCCCAAAAGAGACCACUCGGAAUGGGAGAUUCUAGCCAUGCACAUGGUUGCCUUCCCCUUUUGGGGGAGCAGAGCGGGUGUUGGGGUGGGGUAUGAGGUUAAAUCCACAUUAGAGCCCAUGUUUCCCUCUGUAUCCUCAGUCUCAUACCAGUUGAGAGCGCUGCCCAAGGGCUGACAGGUUAAAACGGCAGGGGCUUCUGGGAGUUGCUUACAGGGCUAGCUCCGUUUUUCAGUUUGACAGGCUUGACUGCUCCACUUAGUGCCCUGGUCUAGGUGGUUGUUCCAUCAGCUGUGUUGGUGCCCUGCGGCCCUGUUUGGAUCCAAAGGGCAUCCUCUCUCAGAUUCUCCUAGUUGUGCUAACUUCCAGCAUGUGGUCAUCAGACUUAAAUGUAGAAUAUUAGGGGCUCUCUUUCUCCAAAGCCACACGCUGGCACGCCCCCCCCCC